AUGCCUUCGCCUCUCCUGCUUCAUUUUUGGGGCAUUCUGCUCUCCUGCGAAAAUCCCUUCAAAGGUAGCGGUUUCUCAUUCGAUGGCCUCCUACCCCGUUCCUGUCGCUCUUUCCCUUCAAGCCGCAGCGUGACGUACGCCAUCCAUAGAUGCCUGGGUGAUAUCUUCUCCAACACACUUUUCUUCUUCCCCACUCUCCUCUUACACGACAUUAUUACCGGUCUCCAGUUUUACUUUCGCUCGGAGCUAUCUUACGCUAUUAUCAUCCCGGUUAUCACUCUUUCCCGUGAGGAUGUUGAGAUGAGUAUGAGUGGCUUACGAAACCUGUGGUAUGAGAUUGUGGCUAAUGAUCAGCAUGUUGCUUCUACCACAGAUAACUCAAUGGAAAACUUGAGAGAUAUCGACGCAGCUACAUUGGUAGAGCAACACCCCAUGGCAUUAGCAGUGAGAGAAGUCCGUAUCGGCCCACGCCGCAACCUAGAUCUUUCCACAAUUCCAGGGCGCCUGGGUAACACUGAGGAUAACGGCCCUGAGAUUGGAGUGGCAGCAGCGGUCAUGAUUGAAAAGGUGGAAAGUCCGAAUUGGGGCGAUCCGAAACGUCCGCAGGGAAAUUUGACGUUGGUCAGGGAUGAGGAGUCCGACGUUUUGAGAACGAAGGCUGAGUUGCGAGAUCCAGGACUGCAUCCUCUAGAGAGGCCAGUUCCAGCUCCGCCGAUGGUCAGGAAUGACACUUCGGACACUCUGCAAGCGAAAGAUGAAGCGCGAAAGCCGGGGCAGAAUUCAUUGAACAGACCGGUUCCAGUUUCACUGGUAGAAAUAGCAUAUCUUCCAUCUUCCCGUAAGCCAAUAAUCCCUUGUAUCUCAGCUUUGAACCCUCAGUAUGCUAAUCGGAAAAGUCGGCAAACACCAGUCCUGAAAGGGGACUACAAUAGGUACUCUGACGUGAGUGCUUCCCCAGCAACGUCCGAGAGUUUACGAGUCCAUAAUCCAAAACACCCUAUAUCUCCGUAUGACUUGUCCUUCGUUUAUGACGUCAACGAGGCGAAGGCAUCCAGCAGUACGAAUUCACCGAAGCCCCCAAGUCAAGUCCAACUCCCUUGGGAUAGCCUUCCUGCGCACAGUCAAACGAUCCCACAUCCCAAAGGCGAUCCAGUCAAAAUCAAAGAACUGCAGGAGAAACGAGCUGCCGAACAAGCUGAAGCCAGGGCCCGAGAAGCCGCCAACGCCAAUAACGCCGCAAACAAGCCUAACGGUAUCGACGAGUGGUCGGAAUGGAAUCAAGAAAGGUGCUGGCCUCCGUGGUGCUGCUGUGGUAGCGAAAGAGAUUGGAAAGAGUUCAGCGAAGAGUAUAACACUUGUGCAUCUUUGACUUCCUGUCUCGGGAUCCCGUUUCAAUGGUGUUGCUUGUCUAUCUUAUGGUUGCCGAAAAAUCUCUGGAUACGUUACCUACAGAAGCGGAAGAGGCGACAAGAGGAGCGCCAACACAUGGCUGACCAGUCUCGGGGGGCCGACAGUCAACAGGCUUCGAUGGUGGGGACUCAGGGAACUAGUGUACGGAGUCAAGACGGAGGAGAGCCACCUCAGGGCAUCAGUUCACAACAAACUCCCAUUGUGGGAACUCAAAUUAUCGGGUUCCAGAGUCGAGGGCGACCCCAAUAUGAUGGACAACAAUCUCCCCAGCACACCGAUCCACAACAACUUUCGAAUGGGGGAACUCAUAGUGUCGACAUACAGAUUCCACAGUCACCCCAAAGUGCAGAGCAACAUCUUCCUCUAUCAACAGGUACACAACCCCAGCACGCCGACCCACAGCAAACUUCCGCGGGGACUCAAGGAGUCGAUCAACAAAUUCAAGCGCGGUCCAACGUAGCGGCUCUUAGAGGCGGUGGUCCGGAAUGUUUGGGUAUUCGUACAUGGCAUAGGUCUCACAGGCAGAAUAGGACCCAAGCCAGGGUGAAGACGCAGCCUGAUACGGGAAUUCAAAGUACUGGAACGAAGAUUCAAGAGGCCUGGGGGAACAACCGGGGCUUUGAUAUCCAGCAUAUCAGCCCUACAACUGAACCGGCCUUAGAAUCAAGGAUUAUUUUCCCGUAUCCUAGCGCAAUCAACCAAAACAAUCAACUUCAACCUCUAAGCCCCAGAACUAGUCUUCCACACCUUGGACAAAAGCCAUCUCACAACAGCAAAAUGAGAACGUUUGAAUGGGUAAAGGUUCAAAAGGAUACAAUUACGAAGGCGCGGCUUGAGGUGAUGCCUCGAAGCACUGCGGCGAAGAGAGCCAAUGGUGCAAAUAACCGGGGUGAUGGGAACCAAAUAGUGAACUGUAAAAGCUGGGCUUCGUGGAUAAAGGUGAGAUCUCAUCGGCUUCCCCGUCGCCCUGGUUUCGACAGUUGGAGUAUGGAUGCGAACACUGGGGGAAACAAUCCUGAAGGAAGCCGAGGGAUACCAAUGCAGCCUCUUAGAACUGCUGCGGAAUCCCAACGCCAGUUCCUAGUGUCUCCCAGAGUGCGAAUCCCGCCACGGCAAGAUUCCUUAGUAACACUCGUUACUGACGCCAAUUCCCAAACAUCUUUGCUCCACAAUAGCGCUUCGCCGAAUACAGGAGGAUCAGAACAAGGUAUUCACUCACGGCACUAUUGCGCCAACUGCUACGGAGCAUGCCCGGGGACGUCAUAUCCAUUCUGGUUUCAAGCCUUGAGAGAGGCUGCAGCUGAGUUGAGACUGUACCUGAAUUCUCUUUGUAUUCCGCCCCUUGCCCUCGUCUUGGUGGUGUGGUUGAAACUUGAAGAGAUCGCGGUGAUCAAGGCCGAAAGCCAUGUUGGUACAGGCCGUCUCAUCACCAGUAGUUUCCACGGGCCAUGGCCUUCAGCUUCUAGCCUUUGUCACUUCCAAGGUCCUUACUGUGGGAAGCCACAACAGGCCGGGCAAACAACGGUCUUUUUAUCAUCCUAUUUCCUACCGCACUCAUAUAAUAUACCGCCGUAUUUGUCUAUCUCUACUACAAGCCCCAUUCUAGCACACCUAUCUACCUAUUCUCUCCCUACCUGCAAUCCACCAGCCUCCGUCCAAAUCCUCAUCUAUCAUUUCGAACCAGGAAAAUUCGAAUACUUAAUGGAAGAGAGGGAGAAGGUUGUAGUGAGAGUACCUGCGGGGAGGUAUAGGGUAUUGGGGGAGUAUCGAGGGAGGGUGGAGGGAUGGGAUGCUGUGAGGGUUUGGGUGCACUUUUGGGGGAAGAAGGGAGGUAUAGGGGGCUGUGGAACUCCACAGCGUGAGAGGGGCCACGGACAGAAGGUAUGCGUGGCAUGCCUGAUAUGGGCUGGGAAAGGAGCAACCCCAAGAUCAAGGGAGUAUAAUGGGGCGAGCGCAAGGGAAGAGGUGGGUGGUAGAAGUAUCCAGGGAGAGAGGGGCCAUGGGCGGGAGGGCUGUAUGGUCUCGAUGCCACGAAUAGUGCCGGACAGAUGCAUCCAAAUAGUCCAUGCCCCUCCUCCUGUGACAAGUCUAGUACCUCAAAAUCGCAAGCCGCGAAAAGACAUGUCUGCGCCAGAAACGUUAGAUGAAGAGAGCAGCGGCUCAUCCCUGUAUCCUUCUCUAGAAGAGUCUGGUUCUCCAAGCCUCCCCGAAUGGGGACAGGGUUUCUGCAUCAACCCUUCUAGGUGGAUUAUGGUCGCCCAUUCGGGAGAUGCAGGUGAGGAGCUUGAGCUCUCCGGUUCCAUCGACAUCCUCAUGAUCCCAAUCCACCAUAUUGGGGGGCGAAUCCCCGUCUCCACGCGGCCGAAGCGGGCAACAAAUAACCACAGCACUUCACCCAAGCAGCCGAGGCAGAUGAAAGAGGUCCCUCAUUCACAAAUACGAUCUAGCGGAUCAGAUGGCGAUAGCGUAAUCUCAGUGCGCGAAACACGGCUUGGGAGGAGAAAGCGCUUACCACUAGUCAUAUCUCCUAUGGGCCAUAACACUCACUUCAACACAUUCGUAAACGACUCCAGCACGUCUUCAUCCCCACCUACACCUGAACGAAAUAGACAGGAGAAGAAAUAG